AUGGAGAAGGAGCAAGUGGUGAGCAACGUCUUCUGGGGCCACAGCAGCGGCGUCCUCGUCGUCAACCCUUCCGGGCUCCUCUGGCGCAGCCGGCAGACCGAGUCCCAGAAGAAGGUGCCCAAGGACGACAUCGUGAGCCUCCUCUACUCGGCCAUGGGCCCCAAGCAGUUCCACCUCAAGGUCUCGCAAAAGGGCGGGCGCACCGUGCGCUUCGCCGGCCUCAAGAAGGCCGACAUUGACGUGCUGACCAAGUGCGCCAUGGACUUUCUUGGGCGCGACCUCGAAGAAGAGCAGAUUGCGGCCGGCGGCGGCAACUGGGGCACGAUGCAGUUCCAAGGCUCCAACCUCAACUUUAUGGUGCAAGACCAUGGCAUCGCGAUGGAUCUGCCGCUCGAGUCGAUCUCGCAAUGCGCGCUGCCGGGCAAGACCGAAGUCGAGCUCCAGUUCCACGAAGACGACACGAUCGCGGGCGACGAAGAGACGCUGGUCGAGAUGCGCUUGUACAUUCCCGGCGACCUCGAAGAUGGCAUGAGCGCCGAGUCGUUCAAGGACGACGUGCUCGCGCGCGCCAACAUUAGCAACAUUACCGGCAAGAGCAUCGUCGAGCUCGACGAAUCCAUGGGUACGUUCCUCACGCCGCGUGGCCGGUACGCGAUCGAGCUCUACGGGUCGUUUCUGCGCAUGCACGGCAAGACGUACGACUACAAGAUCAUGUACAGCAACAUCAACCGGUGCUUCCUCCUCGAGUACCCCAACUCGACCAACACGGCGUUUGUCAUUUCGCUCGAAGAGCCGAUCCGGCAGGGCAAGCAAGGCUACCCGCACCUCGUGCUCCAGCUCGCGCGCGACGAAGUGCACAUCGAUGUCAACUUGACAUCCGACGAGAUCAAGGCGUACGGCGGCAACAUCCACGAGCGCAUGUCGGGCGCGCUUCCGCAGAUCGUCGCGACGCUCUUCAAGUUUAUCAUUGGCAAGAAGGUCUACACGUCGGGCAAGUUUGUCACGCACAGCGGCGACCGCGCGGUCAAGUGCGCGGUCAAAGCCAACUCGGGCGUCCUCUUCCCGCUCGAAAAGUCGUUCAUGUUCAUCCACAAGCCGACGACGUUCAUCCGGUACGACGACAUUGACUACAUUGAGUUCCAGCGCUACGCGGGCCAGUCGGGCACGUCGGCGUCGCGCAACUUUGAUCUGCUCGUGAGCUGCCGCGCGGUGGGCCAAGAGCUCGCGCACGAGACGCUCUUCUCGGCCAUCGACCGGCGCGAGUUUCCGGAGCUCUCGCAGUUUUUAACGUCCAAGAAGCUCAAGAUCCGCAACCUCAAGGAGACGCAGGCGACGGCGCCGGCCAAGCGCGGCUACGAAGAGAUGAACGAGGCGCUCGGGCCCGAAGAAGGCGAGGUCGAUGAAGAGGAGGAAGAAGACUCGGACUUUGGCCCGGGCGCCGAGUCGGACGAGGACGGCUCGGACGACUUUUCCGACGAGAGUCUCAGCGGCAACGACGAGGAAGAGGACGAGAACGACGAUGGCGACACCAAGAAGACGGACAAGAAAGAGAAGAAGGCUAAGAAGAAGAAGGCCAAGAAGGCCAAGACCAGCGGCGGCUCGGAUGACGACGCCGAGUAG